AUGGAGAAGGACAAGGGCCCUUCGACGCCUCCUCCUCCCGAAGACAUACUUGUUGUGGAGGGGGGAGAGUCAUCAACCUCGAAAGACGAGAUCAUCCCGAGACUCAAGAAAAUCGUAACUGACCAGGUUAACACUAUCGUUAAGAAUACUAAAGUUAUCGCCGAGAAGACUAAAUUUCUCGAAUUUCUUUAUCUUAUUAACGAGCGCGUCUACGACAAGUUUACGAUUGAGACGGUCCGGUCACAGUUCGCACUAGGAACCACAUCGGUGGCCGGUAAGUUUUGUCCCCGGUAUCUUCGCCGCUGGGCCGGCUUUGGAGCACUACAUGACCAAAAAUUCCAGGAACUGGAAGAUCGCCUCAAUCCCUUGGAUGCGUGCUUUUCGUCACCCUACGAUAUUUCUAACGUUGUGUCUACCUUCAGCCUAAAGGCCAAGAACGAGGCAACGCUGCGCCCCUUUUUACACAUUACUCUCGAGAAGCCGACCGCUGCGGUUGUGAAUGAAUACCUUCACGCUGCGUCCGAAAGCCCUAACACCAAGUCCCGCGACUAUGUCCAUUUCACAGACCAAGACAAGACAACGCAGACAUCGAGAUCCUCCAAGAACAUACUCGCAUCGAGCACGGGCGGUGCCAGCAACCCCGGCCGCAUCUACGUGUACGACCACAACAAGGAAACCAAGGUCAAAAUAAUAAUAAAAUGA